ACUUGUUUAUAAAUACAUUUUCACGUCCUCGUGCCGAUGCACAUUUAUUUAUGAGGGCAUAUCUAGGAUUCAUGUUACUGGGACCGGAUAAAUAAGUAAAAAGAAUCGGAAUUGUUUACUUGUUAUUCCGCAUUUUUAAUCAUUAAUAUUUUCAGUCAUUGAUGAGGAUGUAUUUUGUGGUAAAUUUAGUAGUAGUUUUUCUCAUCCAGAACGUUAAAGGUUCGUUGAUCAAUUCUUCAUGCAAGAAAACAAAAGACUGGAAGAACUACGAUUGCCAAUGCCCCAUAAAUCACACAAUUUAUAUCAAACAUCACGUCAUCGAGGAUGGUUUUCAAAGAUUAUCACCUAUCGACAUUGUCCUCGGGUGUAACACCACGAACGCUGUGUAUUGUGGUAUCCAGUUCCCAGUCAACCAUCGGACAGAAAGAAACAAUAGUGCUUUUGCAUCUGCUGUCAAGAUGUGCAAUGGCAAAAACCGGUGUAAUCUGUCAAACGAAUAUUUUCAAACAAUUGAGACAAGUCUUCGAAAAUCCUGCAAAGACUCCAAACGACCAGGGCUUCAGAAUGCGUCAUUUCGACAGAGCAUUGUCUAUGAGUGUAUCCAAGAUUAUCAAGUCGUUGAUACAUAUGUGUACAGAAAAGAUACCAGAAGUCCCCAAAUUUAUCUACAGUCGACUGGUAACAAGGGUACUUGUUCUUGUCACAUAAGUGGUGACGUGUCACGAGUCGAAAUUUUACAGACUGUUAUGGUGGAACUUAUGAUGUCUGACAAUGGAAUCCUUCAUUACGAACACCAAAACUACAAUGUUGAUUUAUAUGGAGUCAAAGUUCCCCCUUCAAAAGAAAAACUGCUCGUGAAAAUAAAGACACAUUCUACAGAGAGUCGAGUACUGAUUAAAGUAGCGGGAAAUGUAACAUUUUAUUGUAUGAAGGAAGAAUUAACUGCCAAUACCAACGAACACAGUCAGUCAAUAAAUGAUUCAGAGAGUCUUUUAAGGGUUGAGGCAUUGGAAGCCACAGCUUCUUCAUCACCGUCUGAACCAGAUCUUGAUAGAACUACUAUAUCAGAACCGUCCUAUUUGGAGGAUGUUAGUCCCACUAAGAGCAGCAUCACAGCGAACAAACAGAGGAAUGGUGACAACUUGGGUAACAAUCCAUCACUUUCUUCGUUCGAAAGAUAUGGAGGUCCUUUGACUUGGAUUAUCACGUUCCUCAUUGCUGUAUUGAUUCUUCUUGUAUUUUUUCUGAUCAUCAAACAGAGACGACUGGAUUUAAACACAGCGGUGAUCCAUGUAAGCAAUGUGGGUGACAGAUUUUUGCUCAAGCUCACUCCUCAACGAGAAUCCAGCAACUCACAGUUAGAGAUCCACAGAGCAGGAUGUUUGUGUGAUCAACCAGAAACCAACGACCUUCAAACUUCUGUACAGCAAUAUGAACCUUUACAGAAUGUUAACGUCAAUAACGUCACAGUGUAUAGUGAACUCAGUCAUACACAUGAAUACAUUGAUAUUUUACAGGAAACGUGAUUUUGUUCAUGAGGUGAUUUCAUCAACGAAAUGUGAUUUUGUAAAUGAAUUUUGAUUCUGUAAAUAAAUUGUAAUUUUGUAAAUGAAUUGUGAUUUUGUAAAUGAAUUGUGAUUUUGUAAAGAAAUUGUGAUUUUGUAAAUAAAGUGUGAUUUUGUAAAUGAGACAUGGUUUAGUACAGGAGACAUACUUUCGUACAGGAGACGUGAUUUUAUAUAUAAGAUUUGAUGUUGAACAUGAAACAUGAUAUUAAUGCCGAAUUAAUUGCACAGUAUUGUAUAUUGUUUUAUUUUUGUAGAGAUCUCCCGUGACUAACAAUAAAUCUACUUACAAUUC